UACUUCAUGAAUAAUUUUUUUAGAGUCAGAAGGAGGCAGUGGAUUUGCUAGGAGGGUUGCACCAUGUCGGAUCGAGAGAGUGGAGAUGAACAACAACAGCCGCAGGCCCAAGGACCUGACAGCAUAGUAGCAUCACCUGUGAAAAAAGAAUCAUUAGACAUUUCCUCAACAGAUGAAGGUCCAGCUAUAGAAAAUUCCUUACCACCUAAAGCAAUUCCUUCAUCAGAAGCUUCAGAUCCUGGUGGGUCUGCGGAGCAGGAGCUGGCCACACGAACACUUCACAUUCAGUCCAAAAGAUUUUACCUGGAUGUGAAACAAAACAGACGAGGCCGCUUCAUCAAGGUGGCUGAGGUCGGUGCAGGAGGAAAGAAAAGUAGGCUCCUUCUUGCAAUGUCAUCUGCAGCUGAGUUUAGGGAUUUCUUGUCAGAUUUCUCUGACCACUACGCAUCACUAGGCCCCACCAAUUCAGAAACACCUCCAGAAGAUGGAAAACUGAAAAGUGAAAUGAUAGUUAAAGACAAUCGUCGUUAUUACCUGGAUCUUAAAGAAAACCAACGUGGAAGAUUUCUUCGGGUUUCUGAACAGGUCUCCCAGACCAUACCGCGAGGGGGUCCUCGUUCUCAAAUAGCUAUCCCUGCUCAGGGCAUGAUUGAAUUUAGAGAUGCCCUGACAGAGCUUCUUGAGGAAUUUGGUACAGAUGACCAAGAGCCUCAAAAUGAAUUACCUGAAAGUCGCUCAAUGAGAGUGGAAAAUAAAAUGUUCUAUUUUGAUGUGGGCUCCAACAGGAGAGGUGUAUACCUUCGCGUCUCGGAGGUGAGUGUCAGAAACAAUUUCCGUACGGCAAUCACCAUUCCAGAGAGGUCAUGGGGACGGUUCCGUGAUAUCAUUUCAGAGUUUGUAGACAAAUCAAGCGCAAAGCCGGAGACUGAAUAAAAUGGCAGCCUUGCGUCUUGCCUGUGAUAUCUCACCUAACUCACUACAGAUGACCUGCAGAGGAAAUGUGCUUUGUGACUGGAUGGCUUUGUGUUGUCUGCGUGAUGUGCUGCGACAUAAAAAUGGCGAUAGAUAGUAACAAAAUGGUCUGUGGAGUUUAUUUCGAUAUAAAGAUCAACCACUGCCAAGAACAAUGUAGUUCAACUCCAUACAAGGUAAUUGAGGGUGGGCUUGGGGAUGUAAAGUUUUGUUUUGGUCUUAGUGACCAUGAUUAACAACUGUAAUUGCAGUUUUAAGUGGGUUGCAGCUUUUAUAGCAAGUCUUCAGUUUUUUAAAGCUACUUUUAAAAAUGAAAACCUGGUAAUACUUAUUUACUGAGUUAUGUAUCCUACCCUUGGUUGUUCACAUAUACUUUGGUGCUGUGGUUUUAUACUGUUUCAACAAAAGAUUACAAUCUAAAUCGGAGCAUAGCUCUAGUUUGACAUUACUUGAAUACCAAAUUACAUUCAUUUUUACUAUCCUGUUACAAAGACUAAUAUGCUUCUCAAAGAAAUUAAAUUGUACACAAACCACAAAUACUUUACUGCUUUACUUCAAAAUUUAAAAUCGUUUUUUCUUUUGUGCACCAACCAGUUUUAUAGAUACAAAAUAUUUAUAUUAUUCAGAAUAAUGGGAUAUUUCUAGGAUGUAUUAUUAUAAACUAAACUUGUAAUCAGCAGUAUUCUUUUUUUUUAUUCUAAAAGAAUGUUUUAAAGUAAAUAUUUUUUAAAAUAUUUAUUCUAAGCUAAGAAUAAUAGGUAUUUAAUUGUAUGAAAAUAAGAGGCAUUUGUAACUAAUAUGAGUUGAGUUCAUAAUCAUUUCUUUGUAUUAUUUCUGCAUGAAUUGUAAAUUGGCGCAUGUCAUUGUUUUGAGAAUAUGACAGGUUUACAUUUGAUAUAAAUGUGGAAAAUGAAAUGAGUUUGGCCCACCUUAGUUGCAAUUGCCUCAUUAAAUAAAACUGUAUAUUUAACAUGUACAGAUAUAUUUCUAGCAUUUUAUUGAGAACCAAAAAUACCACACAGAGUACCAGUCUAAACAUACGAGUAUACAUGGAACUGUGUGCAUGAUUAUAUUUUAUAUUUAUAUGAUAUGUAUGGUUAGUUAUAUGACUGGUGGAGUAACAUUCAUUUCAUCAUAUCAUGUCUAUAUUAAAAUACCAUUUUUAGGUAUUUGUUAGCAUUAUUAUGUUCUGUGUAUGCUUCCAUUGUAUCUCAUGUUUGUCUCGCUAAUGGAUACAUGACAUUACUCCUGUGUUUCAAGACUUCAGAGCUUUUAGGCGAUUAGUUAUAUUUUAUGUAUGGCAUCAAUUCACUUCUUGUCAGCAUUUAUGUUCUCUAAAUUAAGUCUACUGGAAAAUAUUUUUUACCCUUCUAAUUUGGAUAGUAUCUUGUUUCAUUAUUUGUCUGGAGAUUUGCUUGACAGUGUUUGCAAAGGUGAAGGAUAAGUGGUUUUUUUUUUUUUCCUUAUGAUCUGGCAUACAAGUUAACAUGAAUUGUCUCGGUGAAGUAGAAAAUAUAGAAUUGGACUUGAGGCAUAUUUUUAAAAAAAAAAAGGGUGUGACUAGUAAAAAAAAACAUUGCCUUGUUUUAACCAAACGGUAGUGUUUUUUUUAAUGGAUUACUGAACUGUGUACAAACAGUGUGUCUGUCUACGAAUGAAGCACAUUUCCGCUGCAAGUGAACUUGUGGCGACAUACAAGCUACUAAAGAAGAAUUAUGUUGUGUACAGGAUUUGGUCGGUGUUUUGGUUUCUUUUUUAAAUCUCUAGUGUUGUGGUGUUGAGUGGUACAGGGAAGCUCUUGGAAUUCGGAAAUAGGAACCCUUACAUUUUCUAGAUAUCCCAGAUUAGAAUAGGAUCAUUAUUUUAAAAAAUUUAAGAUGGCAAAAUCUGAAGAUGUUUAUAUACUUUGUUUAAGUUUUUAAAACAUCUCUUAUAAAAUUGGUUAAGUCCCCUGCUAUGUAAAAAUUGUUUAAUCUUCUGACACAAAAAAAAGUUUUUGCUGCCAUUAGCUUCCCUGUACUUGUGUUUAUUGUAAAGAAGGAAAAAAAGACAAAAAAAAAUUAAAAUAAUGUACCUCUUGUUAAUGAUUAUUGCUGAGUAUUUUUGUAUAUGUUGUUUGAUACUGGAAAGGAGGUUCUAGUUAGUUGUAAACAGGUUGCUGUCUGAUGAAGCACUUAUUGUUCUGCUUGAUAACUGCACUUUUGGUUGCUGUACCUGGGGGUAUGGCACAAUAAGGUUAAUAUUUUCACUUCUCAGUUUUUUUUCCUUGAAAAUAUUGCAAAGUUUGUGCGAGGACAUAGCAGUUGCAAAGGGUUAGAAGGUUUGUCUGCAAAUCUCAUUGCUUUAGAUUUUUCUUUUUUGAAACUAAAAUUUUUUUCUAUUUGUUGAGUCAGAGAAUGGUGUUGAGCAUUCAACUUAUCAAUCACACCUCUUCAUUUGUAAAAGUUUUCUUUUUUUUAAGUAAAUACUAAAAUACCGGUAAAUUGUUAAUCAUUUAACAUAUUGAAACUGAAGGCUGUCAUUUUGUGUUUUUUUUUUAAUAGUUAUUGUCAGUUUUGGCACAUCUGACUGCUUAUAAACCCUCAAAAACAAGUCAUUCAUGUUUUAGUUGAAGGGAAAUAAUCCAUGUCUUGUAGUCUUAGCUGUGAUAUAACUUAGGAACUGAAUUUAAUUUUUUUAAAUAUUUGAACUUAAUAGAAAUAGCUACAUUUAAUCCAAUUAAAUAUAUAUUCAUUAAGACUAUCACAAUGGACCAUGUACAUUGUUUACAGUUUGUAAUAUGGUUUGACUUAAAAAAUUAUUAAAAUUUUGUUACUAAAUGAAACUUCAGCUACAAAAACUAAUUAACUUAAAAUGUACAGACCUUUAAUUUCUUUUGACUUUGUAAAUUGAGUUUGAAAUUAGAUUUUUUUCUCUAUUUAGGUUCAAUAAAACUCUCUAAAAUUAGCAAACACAAUUUUUUAAAUAAGAUGUUACUUUUUUAAUUUGAGGGUGGGUGCGUUAACAUUGGAAUAAAACUUGUAGUUUAUCCAUUUUAAGCUUUUAAUACCUUGUACAUGUUUUGUAUAUUAAUUACAAUGUUAUAUUUUAUGCUCACCAUUUUCCCAGUCUUAAAUUUUUUUCAAAGAAUUUAUUUUCUAUUUGGUUCACUGUCCAAAAAAUGUCAUUUGGUUUUAGUCUUUUUUUUCAUUUGUAAUCUUCAUAGUAUUAUAUUCAUUAUCAUAUUCAUUUUUUUGUAGCUUGUUUUAAAAAAAAAAUCUAAUUAUUAAAAGCCAUGUUUAAUAAUUGUUGUUACAUGAUGAGUAUUUUUUUAAGAUUCUAAAUUCUGUCCAGUUGGUGUAAGCUACAUUUACAUAAUUACAGACAUCUAUUUUUUUUAGUGGUAUUCUUUAGUUUGUUUCAAAACUAGUUUGUUAGACUUUAGUUCUAUGAAGAUUUUUAUAAUUUUAUUUCAAUACUUAGUUGAUCCACAACUAGGAUUUAAUUAUAGAAGGCGCAGACAAGUUUUGUCAGAAUCAAAACAAUUUUGGGAUUUACUUAUGAGUAAAUAGAAGAAAAAGCCAA